AUGUCUACUUCACCGUCUAACUUAUGCAUGUUUAUCCUACCCGAAAACGACAAACUCCGUGGCUACGAAAACUAUGCCGCUUGGAAGAUCCUUAUGGGAAUUAAUGGAAGACCGAGAGGACUACACAAAUAUUGGGAGAAUCAAGUUGUUGUCCCUGCGGGGAUAGACAGUCCUAUCCCAGCCAACGAUCCCACAACAGAAACCGAAAAACCAAUCGACGUUCCCGCUGCUAUCACGCCGACUCAGACUCCCGAGAAGUCGACUCCCCUCCUAUCCACCACUCCAACUCUACUCGAAUACGAACUCCGCGAAAAUGUGGCGCUAUCAUCGGUGUUAAUUAACAUCGCUGAUCUCUCCGGUUCCGGCAUUGAUGCAUUGGGCGCCACCAAAGCACAUGUCGCGUGGAAAUUCCUCGAGGACCAAUAUGGGAGGACAAGUGAUCGGGCAAGGAACAUGUGUGAAGAGAAGCUGUCGAGGUAUAGAAUGGCUGAGGGGGCGGUUGUUGCAGGUGCAGGAGGUCACAUAGAGAAAAUGCGUACCUUGCGGAAGCUUGCAAACGAUACCGGCGCCAAUAUCGAUAACCAGCGCUUCAUAACCAAACUCCUCGACUCUUUCCCUGAAUCAUGGGACACUGUCAUCAACAGCAUGUACAGUGAAAAAGAUCUCAACACCGUCAUAAUGAAUCUAACAACCCACGCCGAACGACUCAGUAUCCGCGAAGGAAAAUCCAAAGAACCUGACUUGCCUACACCGCCGUCUAUCGACACCGUCAAAGCGCUUGAAGCAACCAUCCUUGCUUUACAAGCUGAGAUGAAAACGUUCAGACCUUUUCAACACCAGUGUGGAACGACCAACCCCAGUAAAGCUCAUUUGAUAUGUGCAAACUUACUAUGUGGAAAGGUCGGCCACCUUAUGGAGGAUUGUUUUGGACCCGGAGGUGGGAAAGCUGUGUUUGAAAGUCCGGUUCGGUCCGGUUUUUUGAUGCCCAGGGGCGUUAACCGUAACCGUAACUGGUCUGCCUUUUCCCCAGAAGUCAAAAGACCAGACCGGACCGCAAAAAGACCGCAGACCGCGGUUUUUUGCGGUCUAUAG